AUGGAGAGUCCGGAGCUGUACAUGGGCGCGAACGGCCUGCAGCGGCGCGAGGUGGGCCGCCUACUGCCGGCGCUGGUGGCGCGACUUGAGUGGCGCAACCACCACCGCCUGCUGGACAUCGGCUGCGGCACCGGCGACGUGCUCACCGAGCUGCUGCUGCCCCUGCUACCCUGUUUUGGCUCGGCGCUCGGUGUGGACGUCUCGGAGCCGAUGGUGCAGUUCGCCACAAAGACGUACGGCUCGGAGCGGCUGCGGUUCCGCGUGGCCGACAUCGGCUCGGCCGCGGCGGCCGCAGAGAUCGGCCUCACCUUCCACCGGGUGGUCUCCCUCUUCUGCCUGCACUGGGUGCAGAACCAGCGGGCUGCUCUGCAGAACAUCCACGACCUUCUCGUGCCCGGGGGAGAGGCCAUCUUAUCUUCAUCGCAAACAACAAAAAUUUACCCAAUGUACGAAAAGGUAGCGGCGAUGUCCAGAUGGAAGGAGUACAUGGCCGACUGGCGAGCGUUCAUCACGCCGUACCAGGGAGUGUCCGACCCGGCCGGCGAGUUCCGCCGGUGCGCAGAGACGGCCGGCCUGGAGGUCAGAGACGUGACGGCGCCAGAGAGCACGUUCGUCUACCGCUCACGGGCGGAGCUGGAGGCGGCUCUUGCAGCCGUCAGUCCAUUCAUGAUGAGGGUUCCUGAGCGCGACAGGCGUGACUUCAUACGGGACUGCGCCCAGGAAGUGAUUCGCAUUGUUGGUGUGGAUGAUAAAGGUGCUGUGACGUCACAAUAUCAACUGAUUGUCGCUCAUCUGGCUAGGAGGAACUAGCAGGGCGACAUGAUUGACAUUUGACACUGGAUACUGGAUAGGUAUGGUAGGUAUGGUAUGGAUUGGAAGUAGCCGUUUUCACAACGGGCUAUCCGCAAAUGCACCUAAUUUGACCAAAUCUGCACCUUAUCUCUUUUACAGCAAAUGUCUUCAUUUUAUGAAUUUAUUUCAGUGUUUUAAUCGAUAAUACUCUGAUAAAAUGACAGAGCAGGCAUAUAGGCAAUUAGUGCAACCCUAGCUGAUAGUCGUUGUCGUUGUCGGUUGUCGUUGUCGUCGUCCCCGAAGUUGUCGUUGUCGGUGAACCCGACCUUCUAUGUACCGCUUGGU